AUGUCCGGCGAAGGUCAUGUUCUACAAAGUUUGCAUCUCACAUUAACUCUGAAGUGCACAGAUGGAGAUAUCGCGUUUUGGGUUGGAGACGCGGUGAAACGUGGUCUAAUGGAGCUGAAAAUAUCCAGCGUUUUGAGGCGCAUUAUGCCGAAAAGCGUGUAUACCUGUGAAAUACUUGUGGUUAUGAACCUGUUCGGAGUUACUUUGGAUGUUCCUGAGCUUGUUUGUCUAAGGUCCCUUAAAGCUUUGUCCCUCAAAUAUAGCGCUUUCCAUCACGACAGUUGUCUCCUUAGACUUUUAGCCAACUGUCCUGUUCUUGAAGAUUUGUUCAUAGAAGCAAUGUUCUACAAAAUCGUUCUGAUUCUCAAGAUUGCGGGGCCUUCCUUGAAGAGAUUCUCCUGGGUUAACAUAAAUCCACAUUCUAGAAACACGGGACUUGUGUUAGAUGCUCCUUCUUUGAACUACUUGCGUAUUGUAGAUUCUUUACGUAGCUUUUCAUUUACCGACAGCAUUAACAUCCCUGAGGUGGUGGAGGCCGAUCUUGAGGUUAAACUCAAGCGUCCGGAGAAGAUUCUGCAUUCUCUUGCUUCAGUGGAGCGUCUUCGCUUAUGCUUAUCAGCUUCAGAGGUUGUGAAUCCCGUAGGUUGUUUCUUCCGUAGGCUCAAACGUUUGGAAGUAUGUACAUGCAAAUCACUGUGGCUGGAUCUGUUUAUGCAUCUGCUCAGAGAUUCCCCUAGCUUGAAGGCAAUCAAAAUCAAACAGUGUCGUCAUCCUGUUAAACAUCCCCGGCCUUGCUGGAAUCAACCGGGCUCUGUUCCGACAUUUUGUUUAAAGAAAGCAAGAUUCACCGCUCGUUCCUCUGAUCCCGUGAAGAAACUGCGAAUGCUCCAGGAGCUAUCCUUGUCGCCAAGGGUUUCAUCUAUGUGUGAGAUUGUGUUCAACUGA